UCAAUCGCCGUGCAGCGAAGGCGGCGGCUGGUUACUUUUGGGGCGGGGGGGUUGGAGGGGGGGGGGAAAGCUCCGCGGCUGUGCUCGCCUUCCCUUCCCCUUUCCCCCCCCCACCCCUCCCGCCGGGUCCAAGCGCGGCAGCCCCCGCCAGAGCUCCCCUAAUCGAUCCCCCCCCCCCCAGCCCUGCAGCUCCCUGCGCAGGGCGGGGCGCCCCCUUCCCGGCCCGCCGCCCGAGGGGGGAGAGCGAAAGCUCCCAACAUGGCUGAGAUCGGCAUCGAUCAGUCCAAGCUGCCGGGCGUCAAGGAAGUGUGCCGAGACUUCGCCGUGCUGGAGGAUCACACCCUCGCGCACAGCCUGCAGGAGCAGGAGAUUGAACAUCACUUGGCAACAAAUGUUCAGCGCAACCGCCUGGUUAAACAUGACCUGCAAGUGGCCAAGCAGCUGCAGGAAGAGGAGGAUCUGAAAGCACGAGCCCAAAUCCAGAAGCGCUACAAAGACAUAGAACGGCAGGACUGUGAGAUAGCUCAGGAAAUUCAGGUGAAAUUGGUGAUUGAAGCAGAGCAACGGCGCAGACAAGAGGAGAAAGACGAGGACAUUGCCCGCAUCCUACAGCAGAAGGAACUGCAGGAAGAAAAGAAAAGUAAAAAGCACUACCCAGAACCCCAGGGACACACUGCUCACGAGGACAGUUACUACUCAGAGAACGGAGGAUUGAAGUCAAGGGGGACGAAAGAAGCUGUUUAUGCCAAACCCCGAGUGGCCCGUAGGGACCUGGAGCUGUAUGAUGCAGAGAUCGCUAGGAAACUUCAAGAGGAAGAGCUUCUGGCCAACCAGGUUGAUAAGCGGGCAGCACAAGUAGCCCAGGAUGAGGAGAUAGCUCGCCUGUUGAUGGCGGAGGAAAAGAAGGCUUACAAGAAAACGAAGGAACGAGAGAAGUCCUCUCUUGAAAAGAAAAGGCAGGACCAAGACUGGAAGCGUGACACAAGCGAAUUCGCGCGUCCAAGGUCAAGAGAGAGGCUUGAACCUCAGAGACCCAAGAGUGACAAACCUGCACGGCCGCCACCACCUCCAGUCACAGAACUGGCCGACUUUGAUCACAGUCGUGGUUUUACAAGCCAGCCUAGCUCCGUGCGUCAGUUUUCUAAACCUGAGUCUUCUCCCAAAGGUUUCCAUUACAAGCAGUAAAAAGCUAGACUUUGCAUUGAUACUGACUCUCUUCUGUAGCAAACAUUACUGGAAUUCCCAGGAGAGCUUCUCAUUUCCUUUACCCAACUUGAGUUCCAUCCUCAGGACUUCUUCCUUUUUAAAUGUCAUGCCAAUAAGUAGUAUAUGUUCAUUCUGGUUUCCUGGCUGUUUGUGAUCACUUUAGUAGUGCAGUAAAAUCUAGCCACUGUGUAGCUGGCCAGCUGUACCCAGCUAGCUGACCUGGCAACACCUUUACAGCCCUCUAAAUCCCAUUUUAGCUACAGCUGCAUCUUUGACAAUUAGUGGCUUGAUCUUUGGGAGAGAGAAACAGACAACUGGGGGAAACGUCUGAGGUGUGAGGUGGAUUAUGGCAAUGCAGAAAUCAAGGAAUAGAAUGGAGAUUAACAUGUGACUCAGAUGACACACAGCUUUCUGUUGUAACCAGGAUUGCACAUCUCCCCGAGUCCUGAGUGAGAAAACGGAGCCAAAUCAACACAGAGCAACUGAUAUUUUCCAUCGUAGUUGGCAUGAAGGUGAACACGUCUUGGUACAUCUACUAGCAGGCUGUUCGGACGUCACUCCCUUUGGAGAAAACCCUGUUCUGUCUACAAAGUCUCUGUAGUGCUGUCGCUUCUUAGGAAACACCUUUUGGGUGACACAUGUAACAUGUUUCUAUGUCCGAGUGAGGCCUCUGAAUAAGGGGCUAUAAAACUUCAGCUCAUGCAGUACAUCUUGUAUGUAUUGCUUUUAAGAAGUUCUCAGUUUCUUGAUACAGCUGUCUGGUGGAGCCAGAGGGGAAUAUAAAUUCAUGGACCAUAGGGCCAAAACGGACCAUUAUGAUCAUCUGGGGUGACUUCAUGCACGGCAUGGGUCAGAGAACCUCACCCAGUAAAAAUGGGGGGAACUAGUAUUCUUUACACCAUUGAGCCCAAUCGCUUGUGGCUGAACUAGAGUGUAUUUUCUAGAAGAGCAUUUAGUCUAAGAUGCCAUGUGAGGAUGAAGUAAUCACUUCCCAGAGUGCAGGAAUCCUCUCUCAAUCGAAGAUACCCACAUAGGUUCUCUUCUGUACUGAUCCUUGUGGCCCCCCCCACGCCCCGCCCCGUGGGAGAAGAGUACCUCCUGAACCACCUCCCAGUGCUUUCAACCUCAGCAUUUUUGUCAAUCUCUGUGCAAAUGCAUUUGAAUUGCAAAGCUGACCAUAGAGGUACAGUAAGUUCUUAAGCCUAUCCAGCCAAUAAGGGCUAGAUGGCCAGUCUGCAAGUCAGUGGCAGGAAUCGGAGGCAGUGGAUUGGUGAGCAGCCUGGGAGGGAAAUUCCUUGAUUUGCUGCUACUCCAGAGAGGUGGUAAACUGCACCGAGUCUGUACUUGGUGCAUCGCUUGUUACCCUGACCUCCCAGGGUCACGAUGCUGCGGGGCGCACGGAGAGGUAGGGAACGCAGCGGCUCUCCAAAGCCUGCUUGCAUGAAGCGAUGGUGCACUGCACUGGGACAAGGGAGUAAAGAAUGCUUCUGCCCCCUCUGGUCCUUUGUAGCAGUCUGCAAGAAGGGCCGCAAUCCGGCCCCAAGCCGUGUCUUCGCUAGCGGAAAAAAAAGGCACGUUCUUAACUCCAGCUAAGACAGGGCUGUCGGUAGCUGUCCCAUGAGCUAGCAGGUCAAGUUAAAGGUUAUGGAGCAACCUAGGGUUUACCCUGACUUUCUAACUCAUGUGAAAACUACAAAUUGCCUGGUCCUCACUAGGAUUUUACCUCAGAUUAGUUACGCUGUGUUACAACAAUAGCUGCUAUGCAGCACCUUUCGUCAGUAGAUCUCAAAGCAGUUUACAAAACAUUUUACAGAUGAGGAAACUGAGGCAUAGAGAGGGGAGGUGACUUGCCUAAGGGCACCUAACCGGCCCAUGGCUAAGCUGGGACUAGAACCCAGUUUUCUGACUCCUAGCCUAGUGCUCUAUGUAUCAGGCCACACUGCCUCUGUUAGCUAGUGUGAGUCAAGAACACACCUUUGUUCUGAAUGAAAAGAAGGCUUAGGUGAGUUAGAAAUAACUUGAGGGUUUUCUGCAUUGUUGGUAUCCCACGCUGUUGAAUGGACUCGCACCAACAUCUCCAGACUGCACACGAGCGUGCCUGCUUUCCCCUCUGCCUCUCUCCAGGGGAUUCGGAAGCUCUCUCUUCCUCUUCUCAGGAAACAGCUCAGUCUGUGGCUAGAUUUGACUGCCCUUGUCUCCUGCCCUUUUAAUUGCCACACAUCCAUCUCAUCAGAAGCGUUAAUGGAGUUUUAAAGGAAACAAUCCCAAAAUGCACAGUGUAUUUUUUAUUUGAUAAUCUUGGCAAAUGUGCUGGUGCCAUUUGCAAGGUUUUUAUGUUAUAAAUGUUUAUUUUUAUAUUUCAUGGAACGGUCAACGUUUCUACUGCUGAGAAUGUCACUUCCUUUCCUGCAUUCCCCCAACUUGUAUGUAUUGUGAAAUGGAACAGGGGCCGGAGGUGGUUUCUGUACUGACAAUUCUCAAAUGGUCCAAGACCAGGUCCUGCCCCUCGGGUCAUCCGGUAGGUAUAAAAAGUUGCCAAAUCAGAAUAUGGUUGCAUUUUACACUGGCUUUGUGCAAGUAUAAAUGAUGUCACAAGGCGGGGAGGAGACUCCAACCCUGGGAGCUCAGCUACUAUCGGGGUUUGGCAGUUUAUGAUGAUUUCCCUUCCCACGCCCCGACUGAAGGCUGCAGUUUCCAUCUGAUCCCCAUUAGGAAAGUCUUUAGGAGCCCUAUCCUGCUCCUGUUUCCGGGCCUGAUUCUGGAAAACAUCCCUAUUCAAGAAGAGUGCUCAAGUCCCAUUGAAGUCAGUGGGACAUAACAUGCUUAGUUAGGUGGCAAAGCUCCCGUUGACUUGAAUGGGAACUGGAUCAGGCCCUAAGGAUCCAGCCGUUCUCCUGUUGAAGUCAAUAGGCAUCUUUUGUUGAGCAAGGAUCAGGUCCUAAAUAGGUGGAAGAUCGAGGACCUGAUUCACCAGAGGCCUAAGCAGCCAUGAAUGACUCUGCUGAUAUCAGUAGAGUGGCUGCUGCUUAUUCCAGACAUAACGUUGGCCCUUAGAGCUAAAGCUCCGGCUGGUUGGUUGGUGUUCAUGAUGAUUCUAAUAAGACCCAACCAGGGCUAUGUGCUCUUUCCCUGAUGGAAAGCCAGGGAACCAACCUUUCUGUUGCCCCAUUUAAGUAGCUUGGCCUGUUGCCUUGCUCUGAAUUAAAACGUAUAUGGCAAAAGGCCGGGAAAACCUGCUGGUGUCGUUCCCACCUCUGUUGCAUUUCUUCCUGUGUGCUUUAUGACAAGUAACAGAAAGUCCAUGGUAGUGAAGCAUGUUGCUUCCCGAGUUUCCAUAGCAGGCAGGCACACGUCACUAACGCUUCCCGAAGCUUUGAUUUACACAGCUCACUUCGUACAACAAGAGCGGGAAGCAAACGAAUUUCCAUACCCAGUCUUGAUGCUCUUACCACCACUUGGUCUUCCGUCCAAAGCACAACAGUUGUAGCAAUCUUCGAGGAGUGCGGUUAGGCAAACGGAGUGAUCGUGCCUUAAUCCCGGGGUAGUCGACACCAUAGCCAUUCUGAUCAGAGUCAGUGUGCUGUAAAAUAAAUCCAGCCUGCCAUCUUAAGACAUGUACUGUACAAUGAGGAGAAUGGAGGAUGCCAAUGGGAGACAGAGGCAGCAGGUUAACCUCAUGGUUUUUAAAGGACUUUCUGGUUACUGUUGAGUGAAAAAUCGGUUUUUAAUUGGUAGGUUAUUUUUUAUCUUUUGGCUUCCCUCAUGGGGAGGGAGGGUAGAAUCUACAACAGCUGAAAUCUGCUUAACUCUACAAAGGGAUCUUGUAUGUACUGUAUUUUUAUAUUACAGCAAGGCAGGCCUUUAAAGAUGGGAAUUGGGACAAUUCAUGUUUUUUAAUACAGGAAAAAAUGGAUUUUUUUUUAAUAGUCCUCAACUUUGUGAUUUUCAUUUUGUGCCAAAUUAGACCAGCUGUUCCAGCGUAAGGUAUUCAUUCAACUUGCCACACUGGAUUGAUCUAUGUAUGUAUGUAUUUUUUUUUUAUUCGGGAUUUAAUUUUUGAUUAAGAUGAGCCUGUAUGCAAGCUAACUGUGGAUUUCAAAUUGAUGAUUUCCACACGUGGGAAUGUUUUGGAGGCAGUACAGAUUUUAUUUUACAGUGAUUUUAUUUUAAGGCUGCAGAAUCCCCAGCCUACCAGGUCUUCUUGUAUCCCAGCAUGGCCAAUCAGUAAAAUAAUCAAAAGUGGCCGCCUUAUGCAGCAUAUCCUCUCGGGCAUCUGCCGUCCUAAGCAGGUUCUCAGUGCUGGGAGCCUUGCAGAGCCAGUGUGGCUGUGCUGAGAUAUGACAGGGAUGGGCACAAUACUUAUGCCUAGAUAGAAGUGGGUUGUCCCACAGGCUUUGCCCCCUGGGAAGCUCGAUCCAAGCCGAGUUGUUGUUAUGGAAGGGAUCCUGCAGCACCAGGGAACAACCUUUGAAUUUGCACUUGCCCAAUCAUUGCCCAGACCUGCAGUUGAAUUUUGCCCAUCUGCCAGUGCAGGGGACAGUUCUUGGCCCUUGUCUCCUGAGUUUCAAAGCUCUCUUGACUUCCCCUAAUGUUGUUAGUUUGAGAGACCUCUAUGGGGCAGCACUGAUUCUGAUGGGAGGUUCGGCAGUGCAGCUUGGAGCUGUAUAUACCACUCGAUAGCUGGUUGCUUCUGUGGAGAAGAUAUUUUUAAUCACUAUAAGUAGCAGUUGCAUAGUUUAUUUUUUAAAGAUGAUGCUGUAACAGACCUUGUGGAUCUCUAAUAAUUUCACAGUCGUUUGUCACUAUGCUGCACACAAUGGCUACAGCAGGCCUAGAACUCAGCACCUUCUGCACUGAAAGCACAGGGCCCUGCCUCUUGAGCUAGAAAUGUCUCUCCAUUACCUAUUAGCAGCACAGGGUCUAUAAUAAGACGCAGUUCAGACUCUAUCCAGCAAAGGGCAGUGGUAGAGACAAACCCUGCCCCCUUAACUACAGUACUGUCUUUAUCCCAAUAAACAGUUUCACUGUAUCAGUGGUCUCUUUAAGUAGAUUCUGCUGCGUAUCCAACUGUGUUUAUGCACUGCAAUACAGCUAACCACCUCAAAGAAGUAACUAAUGUAGCUCUUCAGGGUAAACUUUCAGCAUGGGGCAAGGAGAUAUUAGCCAUAGAGUAAAAUUAAUUAGACAAGUGGCUAAAUCCGUCAGAGCUGUAAGUAUACCCUGUGUUCUAACAGCUAACCCAUAAAUGUAAAUUGGACACUGACAAUCCAUCUAUGCAACCCUAUUAUUUUUUGACUGUUUGUCCUAUAGUUUUAUCAGGUUUAACAUAGAACUUCUGAAUAAUAUUUAACCAAAGGAUCACGUUUGUGUGUAUAGCAUGUUUUGCUUCUUUUUUCCUGAACUCAUUGAAUGUAAAGAGAAUAUCGCCUUGUCCAUCUUGUUCAAUAAAUCGUAGUCUUUUGUUAUC